AUGGCCAUCCACCGUAUAACCUUCUUCAACAUCCCCAACCCAGAUGACAUUGAUGUCCUGGUGUCUGAAUAUCGGGCAUUAAAGCAAGAAGCUAAGCGGGACUCCAAGCCGUACAUUCUCUCGGUGGAAGCAGGCCGGACUCUCCCCGACUUGCGGACUCAAGGCUACACCUUAGCCGUCAGAACCACCUUCCGCAAUCUCGAUGACAUGAACUUCUAUGAUACUGAGUGUGAAACGCACAGGCGAUUGAAGAAAGUGGCAGCACCGAGGCGCCAGGGAGAUGUCUUCGUAGCUUACUUUGCGGACGAGCUUGGUAGUGCCUAA